UCAAUCCAAAUUCCAUCUCUCUCUUGCCUGUCCUCCAUCUCACCUAAUCAAUCUCUCUCUCUCUCUCUCUCUACAGGGACCAGAAGCAGGGGAGAAGAUUCUUGGAGCAGCCUCGAAAUUCUUUUCUUGAAACAGAGGAACCAACUGAAGAAGCAGCAGAGAGAGAGAGAGGUGAGAGAGCGGAGUCACGGGAACAUGGACAACGUUUUGUGCGAUGAGCUUCUCCAAGAAAUCUUCAUCCGUCUACCGCCGUCGUCGCAACCGGCGCCGUCUUCUUCCGUGCCUCUGGUCUCCAAGCGGUGGCUCCGCCUCUACCGCGAGUCCAGGACCGCCCUCUCUCUCCGCCUCGCCCCGAGCGCCACCCUCAUCCCCGCCCUCUCCUCCCUCCUCUCCAACUACCCCUCGGUCUCCUCCCUGUCUCUCGUCCUCUCCUCCGACCCUUCCUCCCGGACCUUCUCCGACAACCUCCUCCUCUUGCUCUGCUCUCACUGCGCGCGGCUCAGGACCCUCAAGUUCUUGGCCGGGCCGGUCUCCGAUUUCUCUCUGCUCUCUCUCUCGAGAACCUGCACCCACAUGACCCACCUCACCGUUUCUCUCUCGAGGCCACUGGGUUUCAAUUGGGUCGUCAGUUUGUCUUCUCUGAAGGAGCUCUCGGUGCUGGUCUCGUCUGGGGAUUGCGCGGAGGGUGAGUUUCGGGGAAACAGUGAUUACGGGGUUCUUGAAAGUGUGGAGCUUGAGGCUGAAUUAGGGCUUGAGAGCCUCUGCUUGUCUGGGGUUUGUCGUGAUGACUGGGGAGUUAGUUGGCUAUGGAGGAGCUGCAAGAAGCUGAGGAAAUUGCAGUUGAAGGGCUGCGAAGGGAUUGGCGAUGGAGGGUCUUAUGCAUCAUUUGGUAGGUGCUUGAAGGGUCUUCAAGAAGUUGAGCUUAGGACUUGUAGGAGCAUAGUGGAUGGUGUUCUUGUGAAAUUGGCUGAGAAUUGUGAGUCAUUGAGUUCUCUCUUGCUCUACGACGGCGGUAGCAGAGACAGCCUUCUUCAUUUCAUAAGCAAUUGCCGGUGCGAUCUGCGGAAGCUUGAUCUCCGCCUGCCUCUCGACUUCAAGAAUGAUCAUCUUUUUGCUCUGUCUCUGAAUUGUAGGAAUAUGUCGAGUCUCAGGCUUCAAAGCUGUUGCUUGGUCACUGGUGAUGGCCUAAGGACUUUUGGGAUUGCAAUGAAUGGUGGUCUCCAAGAAUUGGCAUUGAUAAACUGUGAUGUGGUGGAGAGGGAGCCAGGCUUGCUUGCCACAUUGGGACAACACUUGGGGCAGCUGAGGAAACUGGACCUGUCCUACAAUGAGAUGCUGCCUGAUAAGGAAUUGAUCGCGAUGCUCGCUUCGUGCUCCCAACUGAUCGGUCUGAGGCUGAGAGGGUGUAAAGGGCUCACGGACCCAGCCAUCGUUUCGAUUUGCAGGAGGUGCAAGCUUCUUGAGAGCGUUGACCUCGUGCAAUGUUGCGGGAUCGGAGAGAAGGCCGUGGAGUCGUUGGUACUCAACUCUCCUCGGCUGAGGCAGUUGCAGGUCGAAGAAAGCAAGUUCUCCGAUGCCGCGAGAACACGGGCGUCCCAUAAAUUCAUCGAGGUCGUGGCGGCCUGAUCAAUCACCAAACCAUGUAGGUACCUGUAAUUUAUGUGUUAUAUUGCUGGAAGUACGUGAAACCUAGCACAAAAAGUCACCAAACCAGCUCUCUUUCUGGCUUCAAUAAGCAGGGAGCAGCUAUUCAGUCUGCUAAAAUUGAUUCCUUGUAUCGACGAUCCAUGUGUAAAUAAACGAAGAUGAUUGUUUAUUUGUCCUUUCGGGGUCUCGCCUUUUGCGAAGGUCCGGGAAUGGAUUGAAGUGAAGCUUUCCAGAGUUCACAAGAGUCUUUCGAAUAUGAGGAGAGGCUCACUUUCCUCCCUACA